ACACAGUCGGUGCGGUAGGACUUAAACCGAACUUUAGUGAUGGAGGACCCAACAGUACCGGAAACUGGGAUUUAAUUUGAAUAAAGACUAUCAGCUUGAUUACAGCGGUCGUGUGAGGCUGUCUGGACUGAAGACGGGAGACGUGUCACUGAUAAAGCGGCUGAAGUUAAAGCCCCAGCGCGGACAUCCAGUCAUCACUCCGGUCCGCCCCAGUGCAAGAGUCAAUCCAUCACAUAACCUUCACCUGUAGGAUAUUUAUUUACUUUUGGCUUAAUAACACUCCCUAACACUUCACUUGUGUGGAGAGGAGCCGUUUGAUCACCAUGGGUUCGUUGUUUCGGAGUGAGGAGAUGUGUCUGGCCCAGCUCUUCCUGCAGUCCGGCUCCGCGUAUGACUGCAUCAGUGAACUCGGAGAGCUCGGCCUGGUGGAGUUCAGAGAUCUCAAUCCCAGUGUGAACUCUUUUCAGCGCAAGUUUGUCAAUGAAAUCAAGAGAUGUGAAGAGAUGGAGAGAAUUCUGGGAUAUCUUCUGAGGGAAAUUAAAAAAGAAGACAUCCCACUGCCAGAAGGGGAGGUGAACCCUGCUGCACCAUUACCCAAACAUGUGAUGGUCAUAAUGGAGCAGCUUCAGAGACUGGAACUCGAACUGGGUGAAGUCACCAGGAAUAAGGAGAAGCUCCAGAAAAACCUUCUAGAGCUGACUGAAUACACACACAUGCUCCGCAUCACUCGCAACUUUGUGCAUCGCGGCACAGAGAGAGAGUCAACACAGGGCCAGUAUGAAGAAUUCCCCUUUCUAGAGAAAGAACCCAUGAUGGACUACACCAGCAUGCAGAGGCUUGGAGCCAAGCUUGGGUUCAUUUCUGGCCUCAUCCAGAGUGUGAAAAUCGAGGCAUUUGAGCGAAUGCUCUGGAGAGUAUGUAAGGGCUACACUAUCCUCAGCUACUCUGAGGUAGAUGAGCUUCUGGAUGACCCUGAUUCGGGUGAGCCGACUAGGAGUGUGGUGUUCCUCAUCUCUUACUGGGGAGAACAGAUUGGACAGAAAGUGAAAAAGAUAUGUGAUUGCUACCACUGUCACCUGUACCCAUACCCCAACAGUAAUGAGGAGAGGACCGAUGUGGUGGAGGGCCUCCGAACACGCAUUCAGGACUUGCACACAGUUCUACACCGUACUGAGGAUUACCUGAGGCAAGUGUUGAUCAAGGCCUCAGAGUCUGUGUACAUUUGGGUGAUCCAGGUGAAGAAAAUGAAAGCUAUAUACCACAUCCUCAACCUCUGCAGCUUUGACGUCACAAACAAGUGCCUUAUAGCUGAGGUGUGGUGUCCUGUCAAUGAUCUGCCCGCGCUUCGGAGAGCACUAGAAGAUGGAUCGAGAAAAAGUGGAGCCACAGUUCCCUCAUUUGUCAAUCGUAUCCCAAGCAGUGACACUCCACCGACCCUCAUACGCACCAACAAGUUUACCUCAGGCUUUCAGAAUAUAGUAGAUGCCUAUGGUGUGAGCAGCUAUAGAGAGGUCAACCCAGCUCCAUAUACAAUCAUCACCUUUCCCUUCCUGUUUGCGGUGAUGUUUGGAGACCUUGGUCAUGGCAUUAUCAUGGCUCUGUUUGCUCUGUGGAUGGUUCUCUAUGAGAACGACCGCAAAUUGAAGAAAACCAGGAAUGAGAUCUGGAACAUUUUUUUCGAAGGCCGCUACAUCAUCCUGCUGAUGGGAGUAUUUUCAGUCUACACUGGAUUAAUAUACAAUGACUGCUUCUCCAAAUCACUCAAUAUAUUCGGCUCGGGCUGGAAUGUCAGUGCCAUGUUUGAGAAUGGAGACUGGACGUUGUCCACAGUAAACUCAAAUAAGUUACUUGCACUGGAUCCAAACAUCACAGGAGUUUUUAAAGGGCCUUAUCCACUGGGCAUUGACCCGAUCUGGAACCUGGCAUCAAACCGUCUCACCUUCCUAAACUCCUAUAAGAUGAAGAUGUCUGUGAUUGUAGGAAUAAUCCACAUGACGUUUGGAGUCGUCCUUGGCAUUUUCAAUCACUUGCACUUCAGACGGACAAUCAAUGUGUACCUGAUUUUUCUUCCCGAGCUGCUCUUUCUGCUGUGUCUCUUCGGUUAUCUGGUGUUCAUGAUCAUCUAUAAGUGGCUCUUCUUCACAGUCAGAGAUUCUCAGACAGCUCCCAGCAUCCUCAUCCACUUUAUCAACAUGUUCCUGAUGAUGGGCGACUCUGGCCGACCACUCUAUCCAGGACAGGCUGGAUUUCAAGUGUUCUUGGUGAUCGUUGCUGUGUUUUCUGUGCCUGUGUUAUUAUUUGGUAAACCCCUCUACAUCUACUGGCAACACAAGGGCAGAGACCGCCUGAGCAUGUACAGGGGUUACCAGCGUGUGCGCAGGAGCAGUGAGGAGGAGCUUUCUCUCUUGCACACUCAUGACUUGGAGGAGGGCAGCAGUCUGGACAGCCACUCUUCCAGCUCUGACAGCCAAUCAGAAGAGCCUGAUUUUCCGGAUCUGUUUCUUAAUCAGUCCAUUCACACGAUUGAGUAUUGCCUUGGCUGCAUCUCUAAUACUGCGUCUUACCUCCGCCUGUGGGCUCUCAGCCUGGCACAUGCCCAGUUGUCUGAAGUGUUGUGGGAGAUGGUGAUGCGGGUGGCUCUGCAUGUGGACACCAGUGUGGGCAUUGUGUUGCUGGUGCCUGUUUUUGGCCUGUUUGCGGUCCUCACGGUGUCCAUCCUGCUGGUGAUGGAGGGACUUUCAGCUUUUCUUCACGCUCUCAGACUCCACUGGGUGGAGUUUCAGAAUAAGUUCUACAGCGGCGUCGGAGUCAAGUUCAUACCGUUUGCCUUCUCUCUCAUGCACAGCAGUUUUGAAAAAGAUGGGCUGUUGUGAACGGUCAGAUGCUGAAGGUCAGAUGUGGAAUUUUGAUGUAUAACAUGCCAAAUUGGUCCAACCAAAUACUUUUGUGGGAUGGAUUGUAUGAAGAUCUCGCAUCACACAAAGACUGUAAACGGGACUCUUGAGUGCUUCAGAUCUGUUGAAUGUAUUCUGUCAGCUCUUCACUAAAGUGAUGCUGGGAAAUUUCAGUUUUCCACCUUGUUGCCUGUUGGCUAUGAUUCUCCAUAGCUGAGCACAUUCCACAAGUGACUUCAAGAUUUCACUUGUACAUUUGCUGUAAAGCAAGUGAAGGUUUAAUAGUUUAUUUUGAAUAGUCCAGAUUUUUCAUCCUGUUGUUUUCACUUCCGUGGUGUUGGUUGAUUGUGUUCGUUCAUAACGCUGAAUGACAUUUGGGCAGGUCUUCUGUUUUUGUUAGAAAAUGCAGCAAUGUCUAGCCCAAAAGUGCUCAUUCUUAGCGCUGAUCUGGGCUGUAGAGGAUGGAGCUUCAUGUUUGAUUGAGUUCUGAGCUGAUCACAGGAUGAUCAGGUAUUUUUAAGUGCCUAACAUGCUGAAUGUAUUCUAAGGGCUGGUGGAUUGGAUUCUUCUGUGGAUAAAGUCAUUUGAAUUGAGUUGUUUUAAUGGUGAAAUACAUGGCGUCUUUUGCAUCGUCU